AUGAAAAACUACACGAUAACAGCCUUCAUCCUGUUGGGACUGACAGACGACCCUCAGCUUCAGGUUCUGGUCUUCCUGUUUCUGUUUUUCACCUACAUGUUGAGUAUAACCGGGAAUCUGACCAUCGUAUCCCUCACUCUUUUGGACUCCCACCUCAAAACACCCAUGUACUUCUUCCUACAAAAUUUUGCCUUGUUAGAAAUUGCAUUUACAUCCUCUUGCAUCCCUAGAUAUCUGUACAACAUAGCAACAGGUGACAGAUCAAUUACCUACAACGUUUGUGUCGUUCAAGUGUUCUUUACUGAUGUCUUUGGAGUAACUGAAUUUUUCCUCCUGGCCAUCAUGUCCUAUGACCGCUACGUGGCCAUCUGCAAACCCCUGCAUUACGUGACCAUCAUGAGCAGCCAGGUCUGCAGGAGCCUUGUCCUCUGCUGCUGGGGGGCUGGCUUGGUGAUCAUACUUCCCCCACUCAUGCUGUUCCUCAAUUUGAAAUUCUGUGACUCGAAUGUCAUUGAUUAUUUUUUCUGUGACGCAUCUCCCAUCUUGAAAAUUUCAUGCUCAGAUACGUGGCUCAUAGAGCAGUUAGUGAUUGUCUGUGCAGUCCUGACCUUCAUCACCACCCUCCUGUGUGUGGUUCUGUCCUACAUAUACAUCAUCAAGACCAUUCUGAGAUUCCCUUCUGCCCAGCAAAGGAAAAGGGCCUUUUCCACCUGCUCUUCUCACAUGAUUGUGGUUUCCAUCGCCUAUGGGAGCUGCAUCUUCAUCUACGUCAAAUCUUCAGCUAAGAACUCUGUGGCUAUCAACAAGGGGGUGGCGGUGCUGAUGACGUCCAUUGCUCCCAUGCUGAACCCAUUCAUUUAUACUCUGAGAAACCAGCAAGUGAGACAAGCGUUCAGCGAUUCCUUCAAAAAGAUCACAUUGGUCUCAAAGAAGAAAGAGAAGAUGCAAGUCUAG